AUGGGCCAGUGUCCCCAUCACUGCGUCGACUGCGACAAGAGGUUCAGGAACCCCUUCGCACUGAGGCAGCACCGGCUCACGCACACCGGGGAGCGGCCGUACUGCUGCGCUGACUGUGGCAAGAGCUUUGCAAAGAACUCAGCCCUGAGAACACAUCAGCGCAGGCACAACAGGGAGCGGCCGUAUCGUUGCACGCACUGUGGCAAGAGCUUUGCAGAGAGCUCAAAUCUGAGAAUACAUCAGCGCAUGCACACCGGGGAGAGGCCGCACCACUGUGCUGACUGCGGCAAGGGCUUUGUAUGGUUUGCACACCUGAAAAGACACCAGCGCACGCACACCGGGGAACAGCCAUACAGCUGCACCGACUGUGGCAAGGGCUUUGCCCAGAGCUCAAGCCUGAGAACACAUCAGUGCACACACACUGGGGAGCGGCCGUACUGCUGCAUUGACUGUGGCAAGAGCUUUGCAGAGAGCUCAACGCUGAGAAUACACCAGCGGGUGCACACCGGAGAGCGGCCGUAUCGCUGCACCGACUGCGGAAAGGUCUUUGCACAUAGCUCAACUCUGAGAAAACAUCAGCACAUGCACACCGGGGAGCGGCCAUAUUGCUGCAGUGACUGUGGCAAGAGCUUUGCAGAGAGUUCAAAACUGAGAAUACACCAGCGCACGCACACCGGGGAGCGGCCAUAUUGCUGCAGUGAUUGUGGCAAGAGCUUUGCAGAGAGCUCAAAGCUGAGAAUACAUCAGCGCACACACACCGGGGAGCGGCCGUAUCGCUGUGCUGACUGUGGCAAGGGCUUUGCACGGUUUGCACACCUGCAAAGACACCAGCGCACGCACACUGGGGAAUUGCCAUACAACUGCACCGAUUGCGGCAAGGGCUUUGCGCAGAGUUCAAGACUGAGAACACACCAGCGCACGCACACCGGGGAGCGGCCGUACUGCUGCACUGACUGCAGCAAGAGCUUUACCCAGAGCUCAGCCCUGAGAAUACACCAGCGCACGCACACAGGGGAGCGGCCGUACCACUGUGGCGAUUGCAAGAAAAGCUUCAGCAUUGCCAACCAGUUCAGCCAGGAGCUGUGCAUUUUCUUUUCUCUGCAGUACGAGCGAGAGUUGGCCCUGAAGCGGGAGCAGGAGCACAGGCCUGAGUUCAUCCUCGUCAAGGAGAGCCUGAAGAAGAUCAAGCUGUCUGGAGAAACAGGCAUGAGGCAGACCUGA